AUGGAUGUCACUAUCGUUGGCGACAUUAUGAAUGAUCUCUUCACUUAUUCUACUGAAUUGCCAGUAGUAGGGGAGACCAUCAUGGGCGAUAUGUUUCAAUCGUGUUUGGGAGGGACUGGUGCCAAUCAAGCAGUAGCAGCCUCCAAGCUAGGUGCCAAGGUCUCCCUCAUUGCCACAGUUGGUGCUGAUUCUUUUGGGUGUUAUUGUAUCGAAUCAUUGAAGAAAGCUGGAAUCUAUACAAGUGCGAUACGUCAGAGUAAAGAUGGAAAAACUGGGAUGGGAAUGAUAAUGGUGAAUUCGAGAACUGGAGAGAAUCAAAUAGUAGCUGUACUUGGAUCUAACGAUGAGGUCGCCAUUUCUGACGUCGAUCAUGCAGUUCGAUCAAAGGAAUUUUCUCGAAAGCUACUUUCAUGCCAAUUUGAAUCGAACGCAGAAACCAGUUUGUACGCUUUAGAGAAGGCACAUUCAGAAGGCAUAUUGACACUGCUUGAUCCAGCCCCUGGCCCAACUCCUGAUUCUCCAUUUUAUCACUUGCUACCACGAUUCCUAGCUGCUGCUACUGUUGCAUCGCCAAACGAGCUAGAGGCUUCAGCACUAACAGGUGAGGCCAUUCCAUGCUUCAGAAUGAAUGCGACAUCCGAUGAGAUCUUGGAAGGUACUAGGGGUGGAUUGGUGGCUCUUCGAAAAUUUGGAGUCAAAUAUCCCAUCAUAACUCUGGCGAAUAAUGGAGCGGCCUCAAUUUUGCCACCUUCUGAAAUCCAGCAUCCUUUACCACUUGACGUUUAUGUCGCAAAGAAUAAUCUUUCGCAAGAUGGAGUUCUUAUACACAGUAAAGCUCCGUUUAUUAAAAAUGCAAUCGAUUCUACUGGGGCUGGUGACUGUUUUACGGGCAGUCUGGCUUUCUUCAUGUCGAAGUAUCCUCACCUAUCAAUGAUGGAGAAAAUACGGCGAGCAGUGUGGAUUGCCUCACAGUCUGUAAAGCGAUGCGGAACACAAUCAAGUUACCCUAUUAAAGAUGAGCUGCCGAGUUCGAUUUUUCAUGAAAUUGAGAGCUUCCAGUGGCCCAAUAAUGACUAA